AGGAACCUAGACUGCUUUGGCGCGGAAUCAACAUGGAGAACCAGCGGAGCGCUGUCGGCUGGCGAAUCCACCCUCCUCCGCCUCCCCAUCUCCCCCCUCCACCCCCUCCAUCCACGCAAGGGCAUGACGACCAGAAAUUUGGGGAAAGUCAAGAAAUCUCCCUAGAAGGUACCGCUAAGAAUUCUGGUAGAGCCAAGUGGAAUCAUCAGAUGAAGGCAUAUCUCAUUGAACUCUUAAGAGAUCAUGAUGUUCCCAAAUACCGGACACAAAAUGCAUGGAGUAAAGAGGCCUGGACAAGUAUUGUUGGUAAAUUCAAUCAAAGAUUUGAUUUAUCCUUCACGGUAGUUCAAGUGAAGCAAAAGGAGCAGGAUCUAAAGAGAGAUUUCAAAGCUGUAAAAGACUUAAUAUCUGAAAGUGGUUUUGGCUGGGAUCGUGACAGAAAGAUGGUGGUGGCUCCAGAUAAUGUUUGGGCUGCACUAGAGGCACGUAAAAACAAGGACGCCCUCACGUGGCGAGGAAGGUCAUUUCCAUACUAUGAAGAUCUUUUUGCUCUAUAUGAUGGACGCUAUGCUCAAGGAAGGAGUUGUCGUGGCAUGGAUUAUUAUGCGAACAGAGCAACACAACUCUCACAGUUUCCAACAUCACAUUCACCACAAUUGCAAGGGCUGGAGGCGCAUUUGCACACACCGACUCCAACCAUACAUGCUCCUGGUGAUUCAUCCAUGCAAUUUGACAUUGAAGAGGAUAGUGAAAACACAAAUUGGUUUUCUAGCAAUAAUACAUUCAAUCAAGUGGAGGCAAACUCGGCUCAAGGAAAUGACUUGACAGUACAUGCUCCACAAGUUGAAGCAAUACCAAUUUCCUCACAACAUGUUGGACAAACCUUGCAUGAAAUUCCACAAGUUGUACAUCACAAUCGUUGACCAUCUAGCUCAGCUCAUGAGGUUACUAGCAGGAAGAGAGCGAAAAAGCAAAAGACGACCAGUAUUGAUGAUUUUCAUGAGAGAUACCUGAAACUCAGAAGGGAAGAAAUAGAUAGGUAUGUAGCCAUUGAGGAGAGGAAAUUAAAGGACCCCUUCAGCAUCAAGAAAUGCAUCAAAGCACUUGAAAGGUUGGAGGGUCUUUCGAUGGCCGAUAUGCUAAAAGCAGCGCACAUCUUCACCGCCAACAAGGAGAACAGGGAAGUAUUUCUAUCAUUUUCAAGUAACGAAUUACGGUGAGGUUGGUUGACUGGAAAAAUUCGGAAUACCUAAUCAAAUGGAACUAGUAUUUCGUACUAGGGGAGGGCUAGCUUAAAACUGAGAUAUAUUUUGUGCAUGUGCAUUUAUGGACACAUGGAUAUGAUCCUUGGCGUAGGUAACUUGUAAUAGGAUGUGAUAUAUUUUGUACAUGUGCAUCUCUGGACACAUGGUUAUGAUGCACUUGUCAUAUUUAACUUGUAGUAGGUUGUGCAUGUGCAUUACUGGGCACAUGAUUAUGGAAGUGUCAAACUCAUUCAAAUUUUAAUGCAAUGUUAAAUGGCUCCUAAA